GGAAAGAGAACUGGUAAUUUUGUUUAAUUUAACAACCAACUCAAUUUUUCCCGCCAAUUUUUAAAGUAUUUUUUUAAAUUUCAACUCCUUAUAGAAGUUUACCUUGCUGUUAUUACUUUUUUAAAUUGAAAUUAUGGCUGACGGGACACUAAGAGGGCAUGUUAAUGACAUGCUGAUUGGCUCCAACACGGGGUCAUUUGAGUGUGUGUGGUGUCACGAAAAAUACCACCUUCAAUCCAUUUUGAAGUUUCACCUGCGGAAAAGCUGUCCCGUCGUUGAAAUAAAGACAAAGUGUCCUUUCCUUGGCUGUUACCGCAACGUCAGAGACUUCCCUUUCCACGGCGAGGAUGAAUUCUUCAGACACCUCGAUACUCAUCACGACGAUUACCAAAACGAUAUAGUAAUCGAGGUAAACGCCGAUGACACGCCGAAAGCAGUUUUCCGUCGUUGCCCACUGGCUGGUUGCAAGGAGUUGUGUCCUAGCGGCUUCCUCCUCAGGGAGCACCUGUACAACUCCCAUACCAUAUCCUACGUUACUAGAACGGUCCUGACGCCUCACAUCAUCUUCAUGCUCCAUGCCGCUUCUUCCAGGAUUGAGCUCAACAGCAUUCGAACUGUCAACUACAUUUCGCCGCGGGUUUGGGCUGUUGUAGACGGUGGUGUAGAACAUUACGUUACGGAGUUAUGCGAGGUCUGUCCGAUAGAUUGUCGCGUCCCCUGUCAGAUGAGCAUCUGCCAGUUCCUCUGCCAGCACAUGUUCCGCUGCACCUGCCCCGGCUACAACACCUUCUGCAAACAUAUUCACAGAGUUAGGCAGCGGCAAAAAUCAGAUGCUCAGAAAUUUGCAGAGCCACUUUUUCUUUUUACAGGCCCCCCUCCUGGUUCUGCAUACUCACCCCUAGAAGGGUGGCUAGUAGGAAAGGUUUGGGGCUAA